CCAAGCCUCCGACGGGCGACCGAUUUGCACAGAGGCCCCUCGCCAACUCCCAAAUCCCCCGCCCACCACCGCAAUAUCCAUCCCUGGCCCCCCCGCGCCGCGCAGCGCAGGCCCCACGCUGAUCCGCUAUCAGCCCCGCCACGUGGCUAACCUGCCAGUUCAUGACCCCACGGCCCCCGCGAUAUACUCCACCCAGCGACAACGAGGCGACUCCACUCUCGCUUUCUUCUGUCUCGCCUCGCCCUCGCCUUUGUUGAUCUUUUCCUCUCUCGCGUUCCCCUCGCCUUCCUCUUCCUCCCCCACACCCACCGGUCGCCGCCCCCGUCGCCCCGUCCUCCUCGGUCCAGAGACGAGGGGGUCCGCGCCGUUCCGACGCCACACCGCAACCGCAUCACAUCACACACCGCCUGCUCCCACCGUCCGUCCGCCCUCCCUCGAUCGCGCCCCCCGGAUCGCUGGUACCUCCGCGCGCGGCUCCGACCUCAUCUUCCUCCAUCGACUGGCAUCGGCAGCGGCGGCGUGUUCCCGGCCAGCCUUCGAAAGGGUAAUCAAUCGCCAGACUUUUGGGAGCUCUGUUGGGGGGGACCGGGGGGAAGAGCCAAGUUACUGCAGAGGCUAACAUUUCGGUUGUCGAGUGAUGGCGCAAGGCAUCAACUUCCCUGACUUCAUCGGCGCCGUGGGUGGCCAUGAUGGUGGUGUGGACUUUGGUGGGAACUUCUGUGACAUGGCCUUCUACCAGAAGCUAGGGGAGGGCACCAACAUGUCGGUCGACAGCCUCAACAGCAUGCAGACCAGCAUGCAUGGGGGGUCCAUCGCCAUGUCUGUGGACAACAACAGCAGCGUUGGCUCUAACAGUGACUCCCGCACUGGCAUGCUUGGUCAUCCUGGUCUCAAGGGGCCUGCCAUUGUGGGAAGCUACUCGGUUGGGCACAGCAUCUUCCGCCCUGGCCGGGUGUCCCACGCCUUGAGUGAGGAUGCGCUGGCACAUGCUCUGAUGGACAAUAAGUUCCCAACUGAGACACUCAAGGAUUAUGAGGAGUGGACUAUUGAUCUGGGGAAGCUCCACUUGGGAAUGCCCUUUGCACAAGGUGCCUUUGGGAAGCUCUACAGGGGAACAUACAAUGGGAUGGAUGUUGCUAUUAAGCUUUUGGAGCGACCUGAGGCUGACCCUGAGAAAGCUCAACUGUUAGAGCAGCAGUUUGUCCAAGAAGUUAUGAUGCUUGCAACACUGAGGCACCCGAAUAUUGUCAAGUUCAUUGGUGCGUGCAGGAAGCCGUUGGUUUGGUGUAUUGUGACGGAGUAUGCAAAGGGUGGAUCUCUCAAGAAUUUCUUGAGCAAGAGGCAGAACAGGUCUGUCCCGCUGAAGUUGGCAGUCAAGCAGGCAUUGGAUGUUGCACGUGGCAUGGCCUAUGUCCAUGGCCUUGGGUUCAUUCAUAGAGAUCUUAAGUCGGACAACCUCCUGAUUUCUGGUGAUAAGUCCAUUAAGAUUGCUGACUUUGGAGUGGCUAGGAUUGAAGUCAAGACUGAGGGGAUGACACCUGAAACUGGAACAUACCGCUGGAUGGCUCCGUGAUUGUGCAUGAAUGUGUUUUUGCAUGCGAAAUAUACGUGCUGCUGCUCUCCAGAACUACCACUUUAUUCCAUAUAUUGCUUAAUACUUAGAAACAAUAAAGUAGUGGUGCUAUUCUAGGAAUCUGUGUGUUCCUUCACUUUUUUGUUGUACUAUUUUAGAUGGGAGCUAAUGAUUAAUAACCAUUGAUAUUUAUGAUUGUGAUUCACAUCUUUUGCUGCCUUCUGAGAUUAUGAACUAUGCAUUCUUCUGCCAAGAGGUCUAUAAAGUAUUUGUCUUUUAGGAGCAUUUGUAAGUACUGCAGAUCCAACAUGCUUAUUAUAUUUUAGUUAUAACUUCAAGUUAAGUUAGUUGUCACUUGCUGGCCAAGGAAUGGUUUCACCCAACUCCAGAAUAUGUGAGGUGGUUUAAGUCAAUGUUAUAUACAAGUAUUUUUACUUAUAACAUAAUAUGACUUUGUUAGUGUGUGAAGCAUAAAUAGUAAGGGCCUGUUUGGUAGAGCUCCCACUGAUUCUGAUUCUCUAUUAGAAGUGGUUCUCUGAGAGAAGUGAUUAUGUGGCUGAAACUGAUUCUCAAAUGAAACCAUAUGAUAAACUCUAUGGAAAGUCUGACUAUGUGGUGGGAGUGAAUCAGGAGAAGCAACUUUAUUUAGCUCCCAGCCUCCAGUUCAUUUCGAAGAAUCACUUCACAUAAUUCACUAUGGGAGUGAUUCUCAGAAAACUGUUGUUUGGCAGAGCUCUGCCAAACGGGGGCCUAAUUAUGUGAUGCAUGAUAACAUCUCUUCUUGUUAAAGUCAAUUUAAAUACAUGUCAGAAAUAUGUUUUCUAUCAUUUAUUUCUCACUUGGAAAUUUAAUUUAUUUUGUUGUCUUAUUAAGUGUAACUUAAACAAUCAUGCGAUGCAUGGUAACAUCUCGCCUAGUUAAAGGCAAUUUGUGAGAAGGUUCGUAGAUACAGGCAUUUAACGUGCCCCUAGUUGGAUCCAGGUAUUAGGCAAAAUGCAAAUUAAUUGGCGAUGUUGGGGUUGGCAAGCACAGAUUAUUCACCUAGAUUAGUGGUAAAUUGACGCCUUUAUGUUGCCAAUUGAAGCCUUGUAUUAGCCUAAUUAUGCUACAUGUGCUGAAUUUGUCAUUUUGCGAUCAGUUGCUUCAGGCCCAAUUGGUGGUAGAGGCAAAGGUGAAGGGGUAGUAGAGUCAAGCGUUGGCAAUGCAACACCAGGAAGAGGUGGGGCUAUGUGGGAUGAAGGAAACUUUAUCCCAUUUGGUUUCACGAAUUGGGCCCAACUUUGUGGAAUUGAAAUGGGUCUAGUUCGUUUGACUCUUUGGUUGUUAAGUUGGACUUUGAAUUGUGGAUGACUAAAAUAGUUAGUCCAUAAUUCUAAAGGCUACGGUUUGAACUGUUCAACCCAUAUGUGGUCCUCAUCUUUAGUGGUGACUACAUUAUGCCCCUUGUGCUUCGCUUUUUGGUGAUAACUGGUGCUGCCAUGAACAACGUUGCGCCUCCUUGUUGACACCCACUCCUCUUCGUAGGUGUUGCCUAUGUUGAGAGAUCAUGUAAUAGUUGUCGUCUCCAUGCAUGAGCUGGUGAUGUCAAGCAUUGUGGUGGCCAAAUUGGUAGUGCUGAGAUCCGUUCUCAUAGUUGAGAAGUUGUAGCGGUGGCGAAGGGGUACUAGAGUCAAGGGUUGGCAAUGCAACACUAAGGAGAGGUGGAGCCAUAUGGGACGAAGGAAGCUUUGCUCCCACUGGGUUCCAUGAAUUGGGCCCAACUUCGUGGAACGAAAAUGGCCAAAUUGGUUCAAUUCAUGUCAAGUGUUUGGUUGUUAAGUUGGGUUGGAAUUGAAAUAGGUAGGACAUAAUUUUGGGGUCACCAUCUUAAACUGGCCACCCUAGAUGUGAUCCUGGUGCUCCUCAUUGGCGCUAGCAUGACAAAUAUUUGUGCCUCAUUGACACUCUCUCACCCCCUUGGGCGUCACCAUGGCUGGCGUCGUUGCCUAUGAUGAGACAUCCUGUAAUAGUUGCCAUCUCCAUCCAUGAGAUGGUGGUGAUGUCAAGCAUUGUGGUAGGAAGUUGAUUAUGUUGAGAUCCUUUAUUGACAUCAUCUUUCUCAUCAAGAUCCAUCACAUUCUCAUCUUUGUUCUCAUAGUUGAGAAGUGGCAGUUAAGAAGAGGUGGAGCAAUAUGGGACGAAGGAAGCUUUGGUCUCAUUUGGUUCCAUGAACUAGACCCAACAAUGAUCGUGGUCCCAACCACGAUGACAACGACGAUGACCAGAGAGGAGCCGACGAACGGAAGAUGGACAUAUUGCAUAAUACGGUGGACAUCUAGAUGUGUAAAUCGAUGACAAUUUCCAUUUAUUUUGCAAUCAAUCAUGAUCUAGUGUUUUCAUGCGAUUGCUAUUAUGUAAUUCCUUUGGCAACCAAACACAAUAAUUGGUAUUGGUGGGCCUUGCGGUGCAUUUAGCAAUCGAUGGGCGGGCCAUGUAUCUAAUCACGAUUAACGACA